AUGGCUAGUAUGUGUAAUAAAAAGAGUAAAACCGUUGAUUACCAAAACAUUUUACAAAAGAUACCAAAUGAUACCCAGAAUUUAAUACUCAAAAUAACGCGAGUUAAGAGACAGGCAUUAAUAACAGGAAAGCAGGAAAACAAUUUUGAUGAAGACCAUCUUUUAGCUUUUAUUUUAAGAAUGGAUUAUAAAAAUGAAUCAAAAUGCAAAGAAAAUAUACGAAAAUAUUGCAAAUAUUUACAAGAUGCAUAUUUAAAUUUAAAUGAUCUGGAUUCAAAGUUAAAUGAAAUAUGUCGUGAUACAGAAGGUACAAAGUGCAAAGGCUUGGAAAGUAAAAUUAAAGAAAAAUGUCAAACACUUAAAUUAGCGCUUAAAAAUCUAUUAAAUAACUCAAUGCCAUAUGAUAGAUGUGAAAUGUAUCAGCCACAAUGUCUAUUUUUAGAAACGGUAUGUUCAAAUGAAAUUACUAUCCCAUGCAAUACUCUAAGAAACAAAUGCUAUCAAAAUAGACGGGAUGAUUUAGCAAAAGAAGUUCUUUUAAGAGCGCUUAAGGAAAACCUCCAAAAUAUUGACGAAUCUCGAAAAAUGCUUAUGGAAUAUUGUCCAUUCCUAAGCAAAGAAAAUGACGAACUGAUGAAAUUAUGUCUUAAUCAAAAGGAAACCACAGAGGAACUUAGGAAAGCAGCUGAAAAUAAUUGCAAAACUCUUGAAAGUAUAAAUGGAUUAGUAUUAAAAAACAUUGAUAGUACAACAUGUUAUUCGCUACUUGAGAAAUGUUAUUUUUAUCAACCAAACUGUAACGGACAAGUAAAGGUAAAAUGUAAUGAAAUUACAAAGAAAUGCAGAGAUCAAAAGGUUGCAUACACACCUCCUGAUUAUCCUUUUGAUCCUGUAACACAAGAUAUUACAAUACAGAAAAAGACAGGUUUAAAAGAGCUUUAUAAAAGAGCUAAGUUUUAUGGAGUUUAUAUUACAAAACCUGGGAAAAAAGAUAUCGUUGAUUUUUUAUUGUUGUUAAUUCAAAAUUCGAAUAUAUCCGAUAUAGAUGAAAAUAAAUGCAUAAGUGAGCUAAAGACGAAAUGUGAUUUUCUAAAAAAUUUAAGAAAUGAUUUAAAAAGCCUUUGUGAUAAUAACGGUGAUAGGGAAAAUGUAUGUAAAACGUUAGUAAUUUCACAAGAAAAAUGUUCAAACCUAAAAAAAGAACUCUAUAAAAAGGGUCUUUCUAGUAAUAAUAACAAAAGUCCAUCAAAUCUUUAUACAUGGAGAUAUUUAACAGUGUCACUUACGGAAGAAGAUUGCGCAGAAUUGUUGUCAAAAUGUUUUUACUUAAAAUUACACUGCCCAAGAAAUCUUAAUGUGGCAUGUAGAAAUCUCAAAGCAGCAUGUUAUAAAAAAGGACUCAGUGCUGAAGCAAGUGAAAUAUUAGAGAAAGAAAUGCAUAACGUUUUCGAUGGAUUAAAGAAAGACAAUAAUAACCUUAAAAAAUGCCAAGAAAUAUUAGUAAAAAAGUGCAAAGCUCUUGUAGAUAAAACUCAAGAACUUUUUAUUUUAUGUAUUGAUCCAAGAAAUGCAUGUAUAAUGCUUUUGAAUGAUAUAAAAUUAAGGCAUGAAUAUCUGUUUCAGGUUUUAAAUAAGAUAAGAGAUAUGCCUGAGGAACACGAAUGUUUUAAAUUUCAAAAAUUAUGCGAACAACACAAAAAUUAUUCAGAUUUAAUACAUAAACCGUGUACUACAUUAAGAAGACGCUGCAGUUAUUUAAGUAGUGUAAAACAACUAAAAGAUUAUUUAUUAAAAAAAAAUGAAAGUUUUUUUUCAAAUAAGAGUCAUUGCAUAGAAGAUUUAGGAAAUGAAUGCCGUAGAUUAUUUAAAAGGAGAGAGAAUCCAUUUAAUUAUUCAUGUGUUUGGCAAGAAGAGACAUGCGAUUUAAUCUAUUUAGAACUUAUAAGCCAUUGUAAUACACUGGUAAAAAAUAUGAAGAACCUAAAAGUAAUUCAAGAAGUAAAAGAUGAUGUUAGAAAAGAAGAAAUUUGUACUAUUUGGGUACCUUAUUGUGAACAGCUUUCACCACUUUGUAAUAAGCUUACAGAAAAAACUGAUUGGGAAAAUGGUGAACUUUGUAAAAAAUUAAUAGAUGAAUGCAAAAUUUUCCUUCAGAAAAAAAAUUUAGAAGAUGAAAUAGCUUAUGAGUUGAAAGGUAAUUUGUCUACAAAAGAGGAUUGCAUGUUGGUGCUUAAAAAAUAUUGUACACACUGGGAAAAUACAAACAAUCUUAGAUUUGUCAAUAUGUGUAAAAGUAUUACUAAUAAUGAUCAUGAAAAAGUCAAGGAAGAGCUUUGUGAAAGACUCGUUAGCCGAAUAGCUAAACAAUGUUCUAAGUUAUUAAAAGAAAUCAUAAAAGUGCUACCUGAAUUGCAAAAAAAGCAAGAAGAAUAUGAGGCUGUUAAAAAAGAAGUAAAUGAUGAGAUGAAAAAACUUAAAGUUGUUUUGUCAGAGGCAGAAACAAGAAUUAAUAACUUAACAGAAAAAGAUGUAUCCGGAGUAUCGAAUAAAAUGAUAAACAUUGUUUCAGGAUUUCGAUUGAUGAAAAGAGAAAAUCUAAAAGCUGAAAUUACAGAAAAAGAAUUACUGGUAUUUGAAAAGGCAUCACGAGUUUAUGGGUUAUAUUUAGUUUUAAAAAAAAAAUGCCAUCUUUUAUUGAAAGAUUGCAGGUUCAAAAAAGAAUGUAAUUAUGAAGAUGAGUGUGAAAAGAUAGAAGACAUAUGUAAAAAGUUGGAACCAUUCCAAGUAAUACCAUAUCUAACAAAGACAAUGACCGAGGAAGUAACAACAAUGGAAACAGAGACAAUUAUAGAGAAAACUACAACUACAAAAAAGAUUGAAGAGACUGAAAACAGGGAAAAGACAAUUACGGAAGAUGAAAUUUGUACAACAAUUAACACGAUAGAUAUAUGGGUUACGCAUAUUUCGACAUAUAUAAGCACAUCUAUAAAAACGUCAAUACAUACAACAACAAAAACGUCAACAAUAACAUCAACAGUUACAUUAAUGUCUACAAAAAAAUUUAAGCUUACAAAAUCUACAGCAGAGAAAGAUGAUAUAAGAGUCGUAGAGCCAAAUAAAGCGGCAAAAAUAACUGGAUUAAGUUUUAUGAAAAGAUCUUUAAUAGUGAUAAUUAUUUCAUUUGUAAUUUAA